ACUCACAUUUCAUCCAAAAAUCUCAUCCCCCUCUCAUCUCCUUCACCUACUACUUGCUCGACUAAAUUCCCCACAGAAAAACAAACCCCAGAAAAAUUCGCCAUGGUAGUCUCACUUCGGCCGGGAAAAUUCUAUGGCAGCAGCCUUCCUCGGCCUAGAAUUUACACUGACGUGAAGCUCAGUGAUGAGCGUGUUGAUCCACCAUUACCCGUCCUCGAUCCGCUUUUAUCGUGGGCGAACGAGGCGCAUUGGUCGAUGGGUGGUCUCAGCUUCAAGCGCCUUCGUCUUCAGGGGAAGAUCGAAGGCAACGUGAAGAAGCUGAGAAAGGAGAGAGAGCAAUUUGAGAAAAACAAAGUUCAGAACUCAACCCCCAUCAGCCAAUGGAAGGCUAAUAUCAAAACCCGAAAGGGCGGUGAUGGAGUCGAUUAUGACUCACCCCCGCCUGCUCCGAUAGCAAAGAAGAGGAGGAAGCUGGAGAUUUUUACAGAUGAUGAGGAAGAUGAGGAAGAUGAUUAUGAUGAUGAGGAGGAGAUUGAAAUCGAGACUAAAAAGAAGCGGAGGAGGCUUGUUCGGAAGCUUGGGGAUGAUUUUGAGUUGGUGGUUUCGGAGAAUAAGAAAAGUGGGAGUUUCCCUUUGAAGGAUUUGAGCCAUGAAAGUGUGUCGGAGGGUAUCGGUUUGAGGACUCGAAGCCGCAGAUCUAUGGUGUUGAUAGAAGAGGAGGAAGACGAUGAUAAUGUUGGCAAGAAGACUAAUACUAAAAAAGGGGAGGUUGAAAUUGGUAAAGCUAAAAAAAUUAAGGAAAAGAAGAAUGGUUUUGUUUCUCCAAUUGGGUCUAGAAAUUCUCCAAGAUUGAAGAAGAAAUCGAGUUAAUUUAAUAGAUUAUUUGGUCAGAUUGAUGUUUAUAUUAGGGGUAGAAAAAAUGUGAUGGGUUUAGUUUUACCCUCACUUAAGUAGUGCAGUGAUGGAAUUUUGAUGAUGUUCAACCUGUUUUUAUCUUGCAAAUCUAAUGAAUAUGACUUGAAAUCAA